ACUCUGCCGUGCACAUUUGGUUUUGGUUUACUUCUAUUGUCAGAGUUUAUAAAUUUAGAAAACAAAAAUGACUCUUGUAAUGCAAAGACACUUUUUCACUGCGGUGGACUAGUUCUUAAGAUAUCUACAUGGUCUUACCUAAAAGUCAUUUUAAUUCUUGGAUUUUUUUUAGUAUGUGGCCACCCGUGCAAAGUUUGAACACCCCUGUUCUAGUCCAGGAUCUUUCUGACCUCAUACUUAGUUCUCACCUCUCCCCUUCACCGGACAUCAGCAGUUGGUAGUUGUUGAUUUCAGCCUCCAGCUGCAUCUUCACACACAGCAGGUCCUUGUUCAUCUCCACCUGGUUCUCCAAGUGCGCCCUCACCUUCUUUAGCUGCUUCUCCAAGUCCAGGAUGAUCUGGUUCUGAGGGGCCAGCCGUUGACUGUUCUCCAUUUUGGUGAACCUCAGGUUAUCCUCCAGAUUGUGGAUCUGUGGAGACGGCCCAGUGCUUGUUUACAAGUGUCAUUUUUCUAUACUCUUCCAGGUGCAAGGUUCUAAUGACAGGGCAUUGAAGGAAUGCUGCUGCUUUUAUUUGCUUCUGUAAACCUGUCUUUGGGAUUCUCAGGGCAUUCAAUGGAUGUCCACUGGACUGUUUGUGAGUUUGUUUUAGAAGACAUUUCACCUCUCAUCCAAGCAGGAUUUAUCAGUUCAUGCUCUUUUACUUAGAUUGGUCAGAUCUGAUCCCAAGCUAAGCCUAUUAAUCAGAUUUAGUCCAGUUGGGGAUGAUUGAAUGUCCUGAGAAUACCAUCACUGUUUAUGAACGUGUCAUUGAAAAGUCUCACCGUGCUCUGCCCACCCUGAACCUUGAUUUCCAGAUAUUUUUUCUGCCUGAGCAGAUCUUUGAGCUCCGUCUUGCUUGACUCCAUCUCUUCAGUGUUCUGUGCCUCCUCAACCUUGAUGUUCUCAAACUACAGAUGAGGAACACGGAGAGGUCAACCAAAAGAACGAAGGAACACAAGUCCGGAUGUUAUCUAUACCUUCCUUUGGUACCAGUCCUCCGUCUCCUUCAGGUUCUUCACGGCUAGUUUGUCGUACUGCAUGCGGAUAUUGUAGACAAUCUCAGGCAAAUUGGAGUUCGGAGUUUCGAUCUCUACGUUCACCUCAGAGGUCUUGAUCCUAUCGCGCAGGUGAUCUACGGCCUACACACACUCAAAUUAUAAACUCAACUUACUUUCUUUGUAGGGGUUUCGGUCUCACAUUUUUGUGGUCCUCCUCAAGAAUGGCCAGCUCAUCUUUCACCAGAUCAAUUUCCUUCUGCGUGUGCUUGUUGUUCUGCUUGGUGUCCUCAAUGUUCUUCUUCAGCUCCUCCAGAUCGGUUUCAAUAGCCUUGCGGGCCUUUGUCUCAUCACUCAGCCUAGAAGACACACAUGGCAAAACACAAACAUGCUCUCACUCCUGUCUUGAUGAGAACCGCCGCUCUUUGGUUCUCUGGAAAUGCUUCCCAGGAGGUUUUUGUGAACUGACUUGUUCAUAAAGUCAACGUUGGCCAGUUUGGUGUUGUCAAUCUGGAGCAGCAGCUUGGCGUUAUCCAUGGUGAUGACUUUGAUCUGAAGGAAUGUGCUCAUUAGUAGAGAUGAUCAUGUAUAUUUAGAGAGAGAAAGCGGGAGAGAGGACAACCUCGUUCUUGAGCUCGAUCAGCGGUUUCUCCACCUCAUCCCAGUCACGACCUUCUGGUGUUUUCCUUUUGACCAAAAUCUCAUCAAUCUCAUCCUUCAACUGCUGGUUCUCCUUCUCCAGCUGCUUCACCCUGCCCAGGUAUCCGGAUAGACGGUCGUUCAGGCCUCGCAGGGUCUGUUUGUCGUCCAUGGGAGCAGGCAGACCUGCGGCUGGACCGGCGGACGGACCGGCAGACAGAGCCACACUGGAGUCCUGCUCGACAUUGUUGUCUUUACGCAGCACGUUACGCAAACCCUCCAGGCUAGAGACCGACACCCUGGAGCCUCUUCCACCGGCACCUCCGAACAUGCUUGCAGAUGUGUUAAAAGGCAUUUUGAAAGAACAAGUGCACUAUGGGACUCAACACUCAACUUGGAGGUAGGAUGAAUCCAGGUGAGUUUUAUACCCUCUUUGACCACCCCCACUUAUACCAUUGGCUCAUGGACCAACCUCACGGUUGUAACUCUGGUUUUUCCAGUCCCCUCCUUUGCUUUUUCUCUUCAGAUUGGACACAAGCAGAGACAGAGGGAGGCGCCAGGCGGUUCUCCCCCGCUUUAAAAUCCAGGUGAACCCUUCACUGCUCACUUGUGCUGCCUCCCAAGUAUUUCUGCAUCCUUAAGCGUCGCGCCUCAGAAUGUCCAAAGGCAGAGAUUACAGCAGCCAGUCGUACACUCCCGGCAGCGCCAAGAGCUACCCGACCAACAAAGUGGACUCAGCAGGGAAGUCCAGGGAGAGGGACGACAUGGUGGGACUCAAUGACAAGUUUGUGAAGCUCAUUGAAAAGGUGAAACACCAGGAAGAUGAGAACAGAAAGUUGGACGCCAAGCUGAAGAUCCUCAGGGAACAAGAGGCCUAUCAGGGCAGGGUUGAGGGCGUGGUCAAGCAGUUGGAGGAGGAGCUAAAGCAGCAGAUUGACAAGCUCCUCUAUGACCGAGCCAAGCUUGAGGAUGAGCUACAUCGCAACCAGGACGUAUCGGAGAACACCAAGGAGAGGUAUGAGGAGGAGUUGCUGAAGAAAGCAGAACUUGAGAACGACUUCAUUAUCACCAAAAAGGAUGCAGAUGAAGAACACUUGGAAGCUGUCCAUCUGGCUCUGGAUUUGGAGGAUCUGAUUGGCCAGUUGGAGUUCCUGAGGGUCGGCCAUGACGAGGAGAUUAAAGAACUGGAAUCUCAAAUCCAGAACGAGACGGUGAUUUUACGAGAGAACAGCAAGCGGCUGUUGGACAUGGACGAGAUUGUAGAGGGCGUCAAGGGUCAGUACGCCAACAUGGCCGCUCGCACCCGGGAGGAGGCGGAGCACUGGAACCGGAAAAAGAGACAUCAGUGGACUAUGCGUCCUCCUGCAGUAGCUGUCAAAAAGGCAACUGUGAUCUUGGCUCCUCAGCUUCUCUCUGAGACACUGGCGUGUUCACCGCAGCCAUCUGACUUUGAGAUGGACGUCAUGGGCCUGAAAGCCGGACAACGCGAACAGGAAGUCAGGGAAAUAAGGAGGGAGAUCUCAGACGUGGUGCGCUUCAUCCAGAGGCUUAACAGCGAGCUGGAGGCUCUAAAGAGGAAGGAGGAGUCCCUGAAGAAGGACAUCAGCGACGCUACCGUGGAAGGCGAGGCGAGCUUGGCCAAGGCCCGCGGCGACAUCGCUCAGCUGGAGGAGGCCUUGAGGAGAGCCAAGCACGACAUGGCGGGUCAGAUACGCGAACACCAAGAACUGAUGAACCUCAAGCUGGCGUUGGAUAUCGAGAUCCUCACGUAUCGAAAGCUGCUGGAGGGCGAGGAGAUGAGGAUGAACGAGCUCAUGCGUCACUCAGAUUUCUAAAAAUAAGCAACCCACCAAUCCACGUCCUUGCUUGCACGCAGACGUUCACCAGCAGCCGCUGCCACCCGAGGAGACCGGAACAAGUCCGGACCUCACAUCCAAAGUCCUCCGCCCAGCAAGUCCCCAAGACAGGGGACAACGUAUGGUCAUCAAGGUGCAAGUGGAGGCAGGGAGGCUUGUGUCGGAAAAAUUCCUCUUAUACACAUGAUUAAAAGGAAAAUGCUGCAAAAUGU